CAAUUUACAGCCCUUCUUCAAUUGCCCGAUACACAGUUUCGGAAGUAAUCUGUGCUGGUGUAUUACGUAUAGGGUCUAUUGUCCUAUUAAAACACUUCUUGUCAUAGCGGCUAAAGAUUCAAACAGAAAGUUAGACAUAUAAGGAAGCAAGACAGCUGUAACAGCUACCAGCUAUUACGUAUAUGAUACAAUUUGGUAAGAUUCUCAACCAAUUUGCUUGGUAAAUCUGCUGUUAAAUCUCAGGACCCUCCAAACUCGGCUCUAACCAUUGAUUGAGUUACCUGGUCGCUGACAAUCGGAACACCAUGGCAACUAGACCCAGUAGUGAAAUGAGACAACGCCAUUUGAAGCUUCUGAAUGCCCUAGCAGACUAUUUUGAUCCAAAGUUGAACCAGCAAGAUUAUGACAAGCUAAUGAACUCUUGCCGUGCCUUCCUCUCACCUAUGGCUGUGAAAAAUUCCCCUAAACUACUAGACGCAUUACAGAAUUUAGAAAAAAAGGGCACAAUAGCAGUAGGAAAAUAUGAGGAACUGAAGAAAAUUGUAAAAGAACUUGAUGUCACUCUUGUAGACAUAAUAAAUGAGGCAGAGGAAGACAUUACCAGCUUAAAACAACAAGCUGCAGCCUCUGUAUCUGUUCCGCAGCUAAAGGAUGAUGCUGGACCACCUAGCAGCCAUGUCACCAACCUUAACGUACCUAGCAUGUCAGCUCAGUCAGGUUUACAACAUCAAUCGGUAGGAAGUACAGACAUGCCAAGUUCUCCUAAACGCAGACGAGAUGACACAAAGGAUGAUUACACUUACAAGGAUGACAAUAAAAGAGGACUCCUGGUGAUCCUCAACUUCACACAAAAAAGAGCAGGUACGCAGUCAGAUGAGGACGAAUUAAAGAAGUUUUUUGAAGGCUCUUUGCAUUGGGAGGUGGAUAUACGACAAGACCUAACCUACACCAAACUGGAUCGGUACUUGAAUGGCUUACAGGAGCGUCUUGGUGACCGUUCCUACGCUAGCAAGUUUUACUGCCUCAUGGUGGCCAUCAUGAGUCAUGGAACAGAGGAUGGAAUCUAUCCACAUGAUAGCAAAAAAGAAGUGAAGGAAAGGCAGGUUUAUGAAUAUGACAGAAUUUUCAACGCUUUCAAAAAUGAUGAGAUAAAGGCAUUUGCAGGGAAACCAAAGGUGUUUCUAGUACAGGCCUGUAGAGGGAGCCAGACCCAGAGGGAGGUAACUCAGGAUGAUCACGAACCUAUGGAAGAUGAGACAACAGAACUGCCAAGGGUCCCAGCUGCUGUUCGUAUCGCUAUCCCUGUUGAUGCCGACAUGCUCAUCAUGUGGGCAACUACACCAGGUUUUAAGGCUUUCAGAGACGUGUUUUCUGGUUCACACUUUUUACAAGAAGUGGUGGAUCAAUUCAAGCAGAAUUAUGGCACGGACCACGUAGAAACCAUGCUGAUGAAGGUCAGACACACUUUCGCACGCACAGAUAAGUAUCGACGGGAGGGACAAGCAGAAAACGAGGAAGGCAAGUGGGUAGCCAAUGUACAGAUGCCCUGUUCAUGGACAACUUUGACUAAAAUGUUAUACCUCACCCAGUAUAGAAUUUGAAUUAAUGGCAAUAAAGGUUUAGAAAGUUCAGUUCACUAGGCAGCUAAUUUCAACAAAUGUCAUACAAUCUAAUAAUAUCAUACAUUUAUUGUUCAUGCAAGAAAUCUUUUACCAUUCUUUCAGAAUUUUUCUACCUUCCCAUAUAAAUACACAUUGACCCAGUGUUAAUUUUUCACCCUUCCCCAGGAAAUACACAUUACCAAGUGUUAAUUUUUCACCCUUCCUUAGUAAAAUACACAUUGACCCAGUGUUAUUUUUUCAUCCUUCCUUAGUAAAAUACACAUUGACCCAGUGUUAUUUUUUCACCCUUCCCUUAGUAAAAUACACAUUGACCCAGUGUUAAUUUUUCACCCUUCCCCAGGAAAUACACAUUACCAAGUGUUAUUUUUUCACCCUUCCCUAGUAAUACACACAUUUACCAAGUGUUAUUUUUCCACCCUUCCCUAGUAAUACACACAUUUACCAAGUGUUAUUUUUUCACCCUUCCCUAGUAAAAUACACAUUUAUCAAGUGUUAAUUUUUCACCCUUCCCCAGUAAAUACACAUUUACCCAGUGUUAUUUUUUCACCCUUCCCUAGUAAAACACACAUUUACCAAGUGUUAUUUUUUCACCCUUCCCUAGUAAAACACACAUUUACCAAGUGUUAUUUUUUCACCCUGCCCUAGUAAAACACACAUUUACCAAGUGUUAUUUUUUCACCCUUCCUUAGUAAAAUAUACAUUGACCCAGCGUUAUUUUUUCACCCUUCCCCAGUAUAUACACAUUUACCCAGUGUUAUUUUUUCACCGUUCCCCAGUAUAUACACAUUUACCCAGUGUUAAUAUUUCACCAGAAGCAUUCUGGCAAUAAAGGGCUAUGAAGUAUAAUCAAACAAAUGACCAUCACACAUAUUCAAGGUCACAGGGUCAAGGGGGUUGUGAAAUGAGUUGAAACCUUAAAACAUUUUAUCAAGGUCAUGAUAUUUGGUCAGUAGCAUGCUGGAAUGAAGGGCUGGCUAUAAUCCUGUUCAAUCUGCUUUAGAGGUCACAAUGGUCAUCCAUGUUAAAACAUUUCAACAACUUCUUCCGAGUAACCCAGAGUCCUAGGGUAAACAUUUAAAACAGCUUCUUCUGAGUAACCCAAGGUCCUAGGGUAAACAUUUAAACAGCUUCUUCCGAGUAACCCAGAGUCUUAGGGUAAACAUUUAAACAGCUUCCUCCGAGUAACCCUGAGUCCUAGGGUAAACAUUAAACAGCUUCUUCUGAGUAACCCAGAGUCCUAGGGUAAACAUUAAACAGCUUCUUCCGAGUAACCCAGAGUCCUAGGGUAAACAUUUAAACAGCUUCUUCUGAGUAACCCAGAGUCCUAGGGUAAACAUUUAAACAGCUUCUUCCGAGUAACCCAGAGUCCUAGUGUAAACAUUUAAACAGCUUCUUCCGAGUAACCCAGAGUAAAAUAAGUGAAAAGGAAGUAAAGAGUGUUUACAAUGUUUUCAUUAAUAGCCAGUUCCCGGCAAAAGUGGUCUGCUAUUUUUGACUUUGAAUCGGCUAUAUUUUUAAGAACAUGUAUCGGUCAACAUUAUAGCAUGUUGAACGUUUAACUGGUUAUUCUUUCCAUGUCAACAACCUAUUUCAAAACUUUGUGAGAACACUGGUAUAGUGCGGAUAUUUUAUCAUAAAAACGUGUCAUUAUUAUGGACUUUAUGGUUGUAAUUUUGUGUAUGAUAUGGCGGAGACUCGCCGUAGAGCUUUGUAUACAUCAUGUGUGACGUGAUUAUACAUAUGUAUAAAGAGUAGAUUCUCGUUUUUGUAAAAACUCUACUGUACAAGUUGUUGGGAAAUUGUCUCAUUACAUACUUAUAAACUGACACUAAAAGUUUGGUUUUAAUAGUUUUGAAAACAACAUAGGAUUUUUACUGUCACCACAGACUUGGAUAUAAUCUAAUUCCGUGCUGUCACACAUUAUAGAUAUAUAUUUUUAUUAGAAAAAACUCACUUUAAUUAAUACAAUU